AUGGAAUUGGAUACGGGCGCUGCAGUUUCGAUAAUUUCAAGGGAAAAAUAUGGCAAUGACUUGCAGCAUAUUCCACUGCAGCCGACCGACGUUAUUUUAAAAACAUACACUGGAGAAGCACUAGCACCAGUAGGGGUCAUCAACGUAGCGGUAAAAUUAAAUAAUCAGUCUGCACGAUUGCCACUGUAUGUGGUUAUCAGUGAUGCCCCACCAUUAUUUGGUAGAGAAUGGCUGAGAUCUAUAAAACUUAACUGGCAAGACAUAAAGACAGUCAAGUAUGGAGUUGCAGACACUAUAGAAACGGUGUUAAAACGCCACUCCAGCGUUUUUGGGAAAGAAUUGGGCACUAUGGAUGGAAUUGAAGCAAAGAUUAGGCUAAAGCCUGAUCAUACUCCAAAAUUCUAUCAGCCAAGGAUAGUACCGUACGCCAUUCGACCAAAAGUAGAGGCUGAAUUGACACGUUUAACGGAGAUGGGAGUCAUUUCACCAAUACAGUACAGUGAGUGGGCCACGCCUGUGGUACCAGUGAUAAAGAAAGAUGGUUCAGUGAGACUGUGUGGUGAUUUUAAAGUGACACUCAACCCAGCCAUUUGUGUGGACCACUACCCACUUCCACGCAUAGAAGAUCUUUUUGCAUCUCUAGCUGGUGGUCAGUUAUUCAGUAAGCUGGAUUUGUCAAACGCUUACUUGCAGAUGCCAGUGGCACAGGAGUCGAGGAAAUUACUCACCAUAUCCACUCAAAAAGGGCUAUUUUGCUAUAACCGUCUUCCCUUCGGGAUUGCCCCAGCUCCUGCAUUAUUUCAGAAAGCGAUGGAUUCCAAACACUCACUGCUAUCUAGACGACAUACUGAUAACAGGAUGAGAUGA